GAUUUUUUUUUUUUUUAAAAUUAAUUGCGUUUCAAUAUAUAUUCGCUUUGGGAUUUUCUUACAAUCGUUAUCAUUAUUUGUAUUCGAUGAUUAUGAUUAUGGAUGAAUGAAUGAUCAAACGUGAGAGUAAUAUUAUCCGAAUCCAAAGACAGAGGUCAAAAAUCUUGGUCAGAAAAAUUUGGUGUCCAAUUUCAUCUAAUAAUCAAGUCAACGAAAACAAAAAUUUGUUUAGCAAUAACGAUAGAAUAUCAUUUGGGAUUUUUUUCCAAUUUCUAUUUACUCCCCUUUGUUGUUGGUAAUCUGGCUCGAUCAUCAAACAAUCAAAUUUUUUUGUUCUCGAUUCAUAUCAUAAUCAAACUACAACAUCAUUAUCAUCAACAACGGCAAGGCUAUGUGUUUGGCGAUAAAUCUUGUGCCAUGUUUAUUGAUUUUUACUCUAUUUUUUUGGGUAAAAACAUUUGACAAGAAGCCAAAUAUGUGACGGUCCAUCGAAAAAAUUUUCCACAAUAAUUUAUUAUUAUUGAUGUUUGUUUUUAAUACGUUGUUGACAAGUAAAACUCAGAAACACAGAAAUAUAUUCCAUACACGAAAUAAUAAUGCGUCGAUCGGACAAAAAACGUUCCAAACAUGAUAACAUUCCGGAUAAUGAAUUCAGAUUGUUCAACAAUCAAGCAACUAGUUCAACAACGACGACGAAUAAUCCAUUCGAUAAUGAUUCAUUGAUGUCAAGUCGACAAUUCUAUAAUCAAACCGCUAUGAAUUAUCCGGAACCAUCGGCACCACCACCUGAAUCGGAUAAUAAUCCUGUCAGUUCAGAAUAUACACCAUUAUUGGAAAAUUUUACUGAACGUUUUAUAAAUAGAUCUCAAGGACCAGUGUUAGGUGUUGGUGUUAUUGAUACAACAACAACAUCAUCAUCUUCGGCAAUGACAACAACAACAACAAAUAGUAAUUUGGCACCACAACAAUCCAUAUCAACUGUGAUAUCGCCUGUUGUUCCACCAGAAUUAUUGCUAAUCCAUUAUCAACAAUCACCAUUCAAUCCGAAUCUAGUUGAAUCAGAUAUAUCAUCAUUUUCAUCGUUUGAUGGUGAUAAUAAUAAUGUUCAAAAUGAACAUAAUCAACGUGGACAACAAAUACCAUCAUCGCCAAUAAUUGAAUGGACAAAUGGAUGUUUUACGAAAUUUCGUAUUUAUUUUUGUCAAACAUUUUGGUAUCUAUCACAAACGAUUCUUAUCAUUAGUUUAAUAGCUUUUAAUUUUGGUUCAACUUUUGUGCCAUCAAUUUAUUCAUCAUUAGUGAUUACAUCUAAUUUUUCUGGCCACACAAAUACAUCACAUACAAAUCGAUUGGUUGUAUUUGAUUUUUUUGCUUUAACUACCAUUCAAUUAUCGAUGGCAAUAUUAUCAUUGAUUGGAAGUUUAAUUUUAUUAUAUUCUGCAUCUCGUGUCAUACAUCGAUUACGUCGCCGUGUUCAUCUUCGAAAUCUCAAACAAAUAACACGUACAGCUACCAAUAAUCUUGUUCAAUCAUUAUCAUCGGCUACAGCUAUGGCUACAACAAAUGAAAAAAUAUCCGAUUCAGAAUUGACAACAACCAUAAUGACAACGGAAAUGAUUGUUUUCGAAACACUUGGUUCAACUAUGGCUCGAACUUUUUCCUUCAUAAUGUUGUUGCAUCAAUUUUGUUUAUGUUCAAUUUAUGUUCAUCUUAUUUAUGAUUAUUUUGAUAUGCUCAUUUCAUCAUCUGUAUCGAUAUUAUCAUCCGAAUGGAUUGAUUAUUUAGAUAUUAAUGGUGAACGUAAAUGGUAUCUAAAUCAUCUUGUUGUUGGUUCAAUUUGGUUAACAUUAAUUGUCGUAAUUGUUGUUGCAUUGGCAACAACAUCGUUUGUUUGGUCACGAAGACGUCGAGAUUGGCGAACAAUACAAUAUACACGUCUUUUUUUACUGUGGAUCAUAAAAAUCUCCGGCAUCAUUAUCGGUUUCAUAUUCAUAAUAAUCAUAACUUUUGUUGGUAUCCAUUUAUAUUUGAAACAAAAUCUUCAAAUCAACAACGAAAUUUUAUUGAACAAAAUUAACAUUACCAAUCAAUCAUCAAUCGGAUACGUUCCAAAUCCUGUACCUGUAUUCGAUACAUUCCUGAAUGAUUGGUAUAUAUCAUUAUUUGGUGCCAUUCCAUUGCUUUUGAUGCCUUUUCAUUUGAAUGAAAUACUGAUCAUGUUAAUGUAUUCACGUUAUGAUUAUCAUUAUUAUCGUCGACGUUUACAAAUUUCUGACAAUGAUGAUAUAUAUGGCCAAAAUAAUGACAAUGCUAUUUGA